AUGGAGGCCGACAAAGCAAACGCGAUAUACAACGACUUUGUGGCUCACAAAAGCAGGAUUGAUCAUAAGAGCAAUGUCCUGCGACUUUCCAAGAGUAUGAAGCCUGGAUUCACCUCCUCAAUCUCGAUACUGACUUUGGUAGAAUACAAUUGUACGAUUGAAGAUGUUGCCGACCUUGCUUUGGCCACAUACAUGAUACCAGACCUCAGUGAUCCUGAAAAGAAAAGGCAGCUCCCGCCCAGCAAGCACAAGCCAAUGGCCGGCCUCAUGCUCCAGGGAUGCGCGCACAAUGCUGACCCGCUGGCCAUUGUUCAUAUCCUCUCCGCCAUUUACUUGAACAUGGCAACUUCUCAUGCAACAGCCCAUGAAAUAGCCCUCUUGUUCCCAGAGAGCGAGAUUGCCAAAUAUCACUCCACGCUAGAAGACCUAUGCUCAAAAUCGGAAAAGAUUGCGCUUGGUCCAGACUGCCUGACCCUAAAGGGGCUGUUUCUUGAAAAGCGAGGACAGACGGAAAAAGCAAAAGAGGCAUUUCAGCUCGCGAUUAAACGAUCUCAUCUCCAACCUGGUGUUGGUGCCAAAAAUCCAUUGUUACUGCCGCUCAUCGCGCCAUGGAAUGCACUCGGCUAUCUCCUAGCAUCAAACAAAGAUCCGACCGUGCAAGCACAAGCCAAGACAUACUUUUUGCUUGGUGCAAAAGAAGCCGAUGACCCAUUGUCGUGCUACGAAGUAGCCAAAUAUGAGACGAGAACAAGCCCCGAUUGGCUCAAAUGGACCAGCAAAGCGGCAGCAUCAGGCCACGCACAAGCAAGCUUCGACUUGGCCGAGUUUUACCAGGAGCUCAGCAAAGACCCACAGCCUAUACUGAAGUCUAGCGGGAUGCGAAAGGCGCUCAACUGGCUCUUGAAGUGGAGGCCUGAUGAUGCGGGUAUGCUGGCACGGGAGUGGCUUCAGGUUGCUUCUAACCUAGGCCACAAGCCUGCUGCACUGCAGUUGGCUGAUUACUGCGAGUCCGUGGGAGACUAUCAAGGUGCCACUGAGCAUUUCAGACGUAUAUUGGAGCAACCACAUUCGGCUGCACAGGUUGAAGCAUGGCCGCAAAUUGUACGACAGGCGCAGAGGCGACUUGACACGCUGCGUACCAAGAUGCCCGCAUGA